AUGGUAGAGAAUUCACUUUGUAUGCAUAUUUUUAGUAUGAAUAUGAAGAGCAGAUUUGAUAUAAAAUCAAUGGCAGGGAACAUUAUUCCUGCUAUCGCUACUACUAAUGCAGUGAUUGCUGGGUUAAUAGUAUUGGAAGGAUUGAAGAUUCUAUCAGAAAAAAUAGACGAAUGUAGAACAAUUUUUUUGAAUAAACAACUAAACCCAAGGAAGAAGUUCCUUGUGCCUUGUGCACUGGAUCCUCCCAACCCUGAUUGUUACAUAUGUGCCAGCAAGCUAGAGGUGACUGUGCAAGUGAAUGUCCAUAAAGUGACCAUUCUCACGUUACAAGAUAAGAUUGUGAAAGAAAAAAUUGCUAUGGUAGCACCAGAUGUCCAAAUCGAAGAGGGGAAAGAAACAAUCCUAAUAUCUUCAGAAGAGGGAGAGGCAGACGCUAAUAAUCACAAGAAAUUGUCAGAAUUUGGAAUUAGAAAUGGGAUCCGGCUUCAAGCAGAUGACUUCCUUCGGGACUACACUUUAUUGAUCAACAUCCUUCAUAGUGAAGACCUAGGAAAGGAUGUUGAAUUUGAAGUUGUUGGUGAUGCCCCAGAAAAAGUGGGGCCCAAACAAGCUGAAGAUGCUGCCAAAAGCACAACCAAUGGCAGUGACGAUGGAGCUCAGCCUUCCACGUCCACAGCACAAGAGCAAGAUGAUGUGCUCAUAGUUGAUUCAGAUGAAGAAGGUCCUUCAAGUAAUGCUGCCAUCAGUGAAGAAGAGAGAAGUCGAAAGAGGAAAUUAGAUGAGAAAGAGAAUAUCAGUACAAAGAGGUCACGCACAGAACGUUCAGAAGAGCUGGAUGAUGUGACAGCAGUGGAUUGA